AUGAGCAAAGGCGUCUGCUUUAGGGUCGACGUGAAGGCGCGGAAUAAGGAUAGUGCCUCGGCGCCUGAAUUUUUCUUUACGACGGGAUAUGACGGUAUGUCCGAAGACUCCGGUGAUAAAGAGGUCUUUGGUGCUAUUAGCAAUGAAGUCCUCGAGACUUUUGAGAAAGCAGGCUAUGACAUUAUGACGAAGGAUGCGAAUGAAUAG